AGUUGUCGCAGGCGAACAAGCCGACGGCAGCUGGGACAGAGACAAAGCAUGAGCAAGAAAAAGAGCAAGAGCAAGAGCAAGGGCAAGGGCAGCCGGAGCAAGAAGUCCCGCAAGCGCUCACUGCCGCCCGUGCCUGUGGCAGACACAGCCUCGGCCUCAGCCUCGGCCUCGGCCUCGGCACCAGCACCGGCACCGGCACCAGCACCAGCAUCGGCAUCGGCAUCGGCGUCGGCAUCGGCGUCAGGUGCAGCGCAUGAGGAGAGUGAUGGCUCCAGAGACGACGGCAGCAGACGGGAGGAGGAUGGCCGUGACGACGGCGGUGACGGAGACACUGGCGAUGAUGUUGGCGAGAACAAUGGCGAUGAGGGGAGCACUGGCGAGGACACUGGCGAGAACGAUGGCGACGAGGACGACGAUGACGAUGACGAUGGUGGCAAUGACCAAGGUGAGAACGAGGCGAAAGCCGAGGCUGGGUCGUCAGAGCCGUCGUCGGACAAGUCCGGCAGGUCCGGCGACAAGCAAUCGUCGGACAAGUCAGUGGACGAGUCGUCGGACAAGCCUUCGUCGGAAACAAGCAAGUCAAUGGUUGGUCAGGUUGCGCUGCAGUCAAAGCGACUGCCGACGCUGAGCAAGAUGAUUCGGCGGGGAACGGCGGUGAGCAAGAUCCUGGCCUACGCCGCCGAGCACAAGGGUGCGCUGGUGGAGAAGGACUCGGCCGGAUACCUCCCCAUUCACCACGCGGUGGUCCGCGGCAAUGCCGAGAUUGUCCAGGCUGCGCUGUUGCCGGCGACACUCAACGCGCGGUCGCGCGCAGGCGAGACCCCGAUCCUGCUGGCGGCCAAGUUUGAGAAGCUAGACGUGGCGUACGCGCUGCUCGAGUUUGUGGUGCCGGCCGAGGCGUCGGCGGCGCCGGCAGGGCUCGGCGAUGAGAUUUCGGUAUCGGCUGUCCGGUUUGCCGGCGACGACGGCACCGAGGCCGACGAGACGCCGCGAGCUGGGCGGGCGUCGCUGCGAGCGUCGCUGCGGUCGGCACCGCGGUUUGCACAUCUGCGGCUGGAUGUGCGGACGCCCGAGCGGCGCGGGUUCAAGAACACCCCACUCCACUAUGCGGCGCACAACGGGUUGCUUUACGUGGCCAAGGGCCUCGUUGAGGGUGGCGCCCUUGUCGACGCCUUUGCACGCGACAACACAACUCCGCUGCAGCUGGCGGCAAGCCGUGGCUCGAUGGCGCUUGUCCAGCUGCUCAUCGGCGCCGGCGCCGACGUCAACUACUACAACGCCAGCGGCUCUGCACUCGAGUGUGCCAUCAAGGCCCGCCAUCUCGACGUAGCCGCGUUUCUGCUCGAGAAUGGUGCUCUACUGCGGUCACGAUCGUCGCGCAUGCUUCGAACGCGCGAUAAGGAAGGCAGCACUCUGCUGCACGUUGCCGCCGGUGCCAACUACGUCCGCGCAGUCUCGGCGCUCCUCGAGGCUGGGGCUGAUCCCGAGAUUACGGUCCACACCGCACGGUCGACGCCACUCCAUGCCGCCGCCCGCGCAGGUCACAACCUUGUCGUGGCGCUGCUGGUCAACACGGGGACCACGGUCGGGCUGCUCAAGUCUGCACUCAACACGCCUGACGCGUCGGGCCGGACGCCGAUGGACUACGCGUGCGAACGCGGUUACUCGCGGGCUGUCCGGGUUUUCCGCAAACUUGGAGCAGUCGUCACUGUUGCCCACAUCAACGCGGCGUGCGAGGGUGGCCAGACCGAGCUUGUCGGCUCGCUCCUCACCCAUGUCAAGGACUUUCACGUCGAGUCGCGGCACUCGGGCUUUCUCAUGGUGCUGGCCAAGGCACUGCCUUCGGCGAAGCGGCUGCGAAAGCUGACGCUGGUGGCGUGCGACAUGGGUGACGCAGGUGCGCUGCUCAUCGAGUCGCUCUCGGGCCUCCGUCGGUUCCACACGCUGGUGCUGGAGCGGACGACGCUCGCUGACCUGGCGCCCACCUCCGGCUUUGUGCCGUCGCUCGCACGCUGGCUGGACUACCGAGUUCCAGCGCCGGCUGCCCUGCGGACGCUGCAUCUGCUUGCGUGCGGACUCAACGCACAACAGGGCAAGGCGCUUGCUGCUGCGCUGCGCAACAACGCAACUCUGGAGGAGUUGCGUCUCGAUGGCAACAAUCUCACGACGCUGGACUCGGUCCGCUCGCUCAUGGCAGCCUUUCGCAACCACCCGCACCUCAAGAGCGCAUCACUCAAGCGGGUCUUUGGCGCAGGUCGGUACUGCGAGCUUCUCUCGGUCUAUCUCGCGUACCUGGUCUUUGGUCUCUUUGUCAUGAUCUCCGGCAUUCUCCUCGCCGCGCAAGAGUACGCGUCGGCGUCUCGCGAGUACCAUGGCUCAUCCAUUGCGUGCCGCCCGUGCUAUGGUUCGUACGCCAAGCGGCGCGCCCGCCGCGCCCGCCGCGCUGCUCGGUGGGCUGCCGCUCUCCAGCCUGAUGGCGACUCGGCCUCGGCGUCCUCCUCGCAGCGAGACUCGUGUGAUGAUGACGACUCGGACUUUGUCGAUCUCGGCUCGUACUCGGACUCGGAGUCUGAGGAGCAAGAGGAAGAGGCAAGGCGAAGCAGCAAAUCGAGCCGCAAGAACAAGCGCACGCGGGCGAGCAAGAGCAAGAAGAGCAGAAAGAGCAGAAAGAGCAACAAGGGCAAGAGCAAUAAGGGCAAAGCCACCGUCUCGAGCUCGCUCUCAUUGACGCCAUCGGAUGCAUCACGGGCUGUGUCGGCGUCAUCCACUACACCCGUUUCUAGCGACUCUGUCGACAUGAGCGCCAGCGGGGCGAUGCGAAAGCGGUCCACCAAGGGCAAGCGGUCCACCAAGGGCAAGCGGUCCACCAAGGGCAAGCGGUCCACCAAGGGCAAGCGCACUGCCAAGGGCAAACGCACUACCAAGGGUAAGCGCACUACCAAGGGCAAGCGGUCCACCAAGGGCAAACGCUCGAUCAAAACGGAAGCCACCGACGGUCUCGCAACAUGGGGCAAGGUCAAGUCGUCGUCAUCGUCCGGGUCGUCGGUGACGUACUCGGACUCGGGCCUGCGGAGGAAGCACGGCUUUGACAUUGCGUCGGCAGCCAAGCGGUCUGAAGCGACACUGCUGCCGUCGCUCAUGUGCUGCGAUCCGUGCACCGGCCGGCUGGCCGACCACCCGUCGAACGCGUCGUCGUCCGAGGCUGAUGCCGACAGGCUGAACACUGCCCGCCGUGGCCCGACCGGCUUUGGCAUCGACUUUAGUCGGGCGAUGGCGGCGCCGAUGGUGACCAAGCUCGGCACCCAGAUGUCUGCACACCUCGGCACCUUUGCGCUCCUCCUCUUUCCGUGGAUCUUCCCGUUCUGGAUCAUGCGCGCGGUUGCGCCGUCGUCGUGGGAGCAGGUGGCCGGCCUGGGCACCGGCGUCUUCCUCGGCGCCCUCCUCUGCUGGAUGGUGCUUGUCUUUGUCCUCGCCCGGGCCGACAAGUUUGGUACCUUUACCUCGAUCAACAACCCACCCACCCGGGUCAGGCCCAACUUUCGCAACGCCUGCGCUUUGUUCUUCAUCGUUGUCGAGUUUGCCCAGCUGACCUCACUCUCGCUCAUUCCGGCGGUCGAGGUCUACCCAUCCGAGUCGUCUGUAGACACCAUUUUCAACCCGUUUGUGCUCGACCUCGGCGGCUCGCGAUUUCUGCUCGCCUACUGGCUCUCGGCCACCAUUGCGCUGCUUUGGUGGCUGCUGGCGUCAUACCUGGCGGUCAACGCACUCUCCGCCAAUCUUGCGGGUGCGCUGUCGUCGAUCGUGUGGUGCGAGGACAUCUCGCGGUUCCUCGCCCACACUCUCUUUCUUGCGGUCACGGUCAACAUGUUCCGCAUGUUCAAAUGCGAUUACUCGAAUGUCGGCAGCCCAUUCCUUGCGGCUGACCCCUCGCUCGAGUGCUGGGGCACAGGUCACUCGCUCUACGUUGCGUUCACCAUGACCAUCCUCAUGGUCUACGUCUUUUCUUCAGCCUUUAUCGGCCUCUCGUUUACCGUCGACUACUCGGGCGAGACCGAUGCCCAGUUUGUGGCGCUCUACACGCUCGGCGAGCGCAUUGUCAAGCUCGUCGCGUCGGUCGGCGUCGUUGUCCUCACCGAGUCCAAGGCCAUCGGCUUGGUCGUCCUUGCACUUGGCAUUGCGCUCCUCGCCGCCGUUACCCACCGCUACCAGCCAUGCCCGAUUCGCUGGGUCAACACCUACAAGGUCAUCUUUUACGCCCUCUCGUUCUGGUCUGUCGCGGUCGCUGCCCUCGGCGUCGCACUCGACGCCCACCAAUCCUGGGCCCUCUUCAUCGUUCUCCUCAUCGGGUGGGGCCUGGUCCUGCUGGUUGCUGGCGGCGUUGGCCCCGUCAUCGUCUCAAUCUGUCGCCGGCAGGCCAUCACCGACGACUCGGACGGUGACGUCCGCCGGCCGAGCCGCCGCAACGACGACGACGCCUACGAGUACACCUACGAGAGCUACGCCAGUGUGUAA